GUGGGUGACGAAUGUGCUUACUUCGAUACGGAGAACUGGGCACCGUGGCCGCGAGUCACUGCUUCUUUUAAGCCCAAGCACUGGGCGGGGCCAGGGCGUGAGAGAGCCUGGCUCAUUCGGUCGGGUUAAACCAGAGGUAGCUCAGGCCGCUGUCGCGAGGCGUCGCGAGGCCUCGCAGGUUCGAGCGCCAGGUCGGUUCGAUCGACUUCGCGGUCACCACCGAACGGUUCCCGCCCAGUUUGGUGGGGACGACAUGGUGUUCACAACCGACACCUUCGGUGGGGGAGUCAUCCGUCCUUUUGGGUGCUUUCUCUCGAAGCUUCUUGUUACUAGUGGCGUUUUUGUUCCUAGUAGUAAGGCCCGGAGCACCUAGUAGCGUCCUUGUUCCUAGUAGCUUCUUGUUACUAGUAUAGUCAUGCCAGGAGCUACUAGCCCUUUCGGCCUCUGCGCCAGAAGCUCAGGUCUGGUCCGAGUCCGGGACGCAGCUGAUGACGGAGGAGCAGUUGCUGCAGGUGCUGGGUGCGGAUGCAGAUUUGCAGGGUUCGUGGUGCGCAGUGAGCCACACUUCCAUCUUCGGCAUCAUCCAAACCGUUCCCUUCGACCUCGCCUAUCAGUCGGCGGAGAACACGCUGGGCAGCAGCUGAGAUCGGAAGAACCAUUUGCUUGUUCCAUUUUCGUUUGCUCUUUUUGAGCAUGAUUAUCGGUCUGGGGUGCCAGAGAAGACUAUGCAUAUGAGGUUGACUUCAUGCAAAUCUGUUUUUUUUCACCAAGAACCAUUCCUGAUUGCACACAUGUCCAGUGCUUAUUCUGAAGUGCUUUUUGGGCUUUCCACCAUCGCAAGGUGGCUUUAUCAUUGCUGUCGCCAUCGUUCUUGCAGUGGGUGGUUGCCUGUGUUUGCUGUGCCUCUUAUACUGCAGCCGACUGCACGCCCCAUCCAAAGGCCGAGCAGCGCUGAUGAUGUCGAAGACGCGGGGAAGAGAGGUGAACUUCCAGUGCAGCGAGGUGAUCUUAGACGACGUGCAGGGCACGGAGGGCACACGGAAGGUGAUGGUUCAGUGGGAUGUGAAGCCUGAGAAGUUCAUGAAGGACUUGGACAAGUUCAGGGGCGUGCGCCAUAUCACCACCGACACGAGCGUCCGACCACGUGUGGUCCGUUCCAUGUCUCGUUUGUCUAGCCGGAGCGGCAGCCGCCCUGAGCGUUCAGCGAGCAAUUGGCUGAGUGAUGAAGGAGACGACGAUCCGUGGUACUUCGAUCUCGAUGCGAUUGCCGCAAGUGUGUCAAAAGCAGCUGAAGAGGAGGUCACCGGAGAAGAGGAAAUCAUUGAUAUUGAUGCAGGGAUCUCUUUCGUGGAGAGGUCUCCAGGAUGUGAAGCCUACGAGGUGGGCGAGUACAUCAUGUACUGUUCCGUCUCGCACGAACAGAUGAUCUUUGGAGCGAUCACCAGUUGCAGCUCUGGGCUGUCAGAGCCGUGCUCUGACUUCUUGGAGGCUGGGCCUUUGCCCUGCUACGAUUGCCGCAUGGGCAAGGCCCGGCAACGCCGCUCCGAGGUGCCGAUGCAAAUGCUGCGGCCGGCGCUGAUCCCCGGCACUGCCGUGAUGGCCCGUGUAGAGGAGAAGUGGAUCCCGGCACAUGUGUUGGGCGUGAAUCCCUCAAGUGGGACAUGCCAAGUCGAUUUGGAUGAUGAUAGUGAAUUGAAAGUCUCCUAUGAAGUCUACCAGUUGCCAUUCCGUGAUCUCCGGCGUCGCUUUUGGCGCGGCCAGCCCUGCCGGCUCUAUCGCGGAAUCGUGCAUGGCUGGGUGAAUUGCCUCGUUGGGAAGGACUUGAUGGAGGAGCUCCCAAGUCUCGAAAGCGAGAAGUUGGGAGGAACGACCUGCAUGGCUUCAGUGUUCGUGGACGAUCAGGAGGAACCCAUUGAUGUCCCGACCUACCUGCUGAAGAUGGAUCACAACUUCACCACUGAAGCAUCAUUGUAGAGUCCUUUCUGCAUGCCUUUUUAUGCCAGUAGCGCUUAAUGAGGCGUAGGGAUGAGCUGUCAACUUGUAAUGUCUACUCCUGAAAUAGUUGUUUUUCCUAGAGCAAGAACCGAAAGAACCGAG